CGUGCACUGACACGAGCAAAUCAAGAGUUUGGAGAGAAGGGAGAAGUUACAAUCCAAAGUGAAGAUCAGACCUAUGGAGGAUUAAAGAACAGCGCCUGACAGCGACAGGGACUGCAGCGGCCGCAGAGUGCAGGAGUUGCUGACGAUGGAAGUGAAUGCCAAGAAGAAGAUGACAGCUGAUAACUCCUGCAGAGAAACACUUAAAGACAGCGGCCAGAUGCACUACCCAUCCACAGGCUGCACCUGGCGUGUGGCGGUGGCAGCCAUGAUGGCUAACCUGAGUGGGCUGAUGCUGGGCUAUGAGAUGGGCCUGACCUCAGGGGUGCUGCUGCAGCUACGUGGCAUCCUCUCUCUGUCCUGUCAGGAGCAGGAGGUGCUGGUCAGUGCACACGUGUUUGGAGCCCUCUUCAUCUGUCUGGCUGGAGGCCCCAUCUUGGAUCGAUACGGUCGCCGCUGCUCUCUGCUCCUGAGUGCCGCCCUGGUGGUGGUGGGCACUUUUGUUCUCAUCUCUAUCACGUCUCUGGUGUCUCUGGCCCUGGGUCGAGUGAUAGUGGGCAUGGGCACGUGUCUGUCUGGGACUGCAGCGUGUCUGUACAUAGCAGAGAUCUCUCCCAGAGAGAGGCGUGGCCUGCUGAUCACUAUGUAUGAGUUCAUGUUGGUGCUGGGGGUGAUGCUAGGCUUCAGCUGUAGUUAUGCCUUUGCUGCUGUGCCUCAUGGCUGGACUUUUACUUUUGGACUUGUCAUUCCCCCAGCACUGCUGCAGUUUGGGGCAUUCCUGUUUCUUCCACCCAGCCCUCGCUUCUUGGUUGCGCAGGGCAAUGUGGAGAAGGCCAGGCUUGUGCUGCAGAAGAUGAGAGGAGGAAUGUAUGAGGACAUGGAGCUGGAACUGCAGGAUAUCCAGGCUGGACUGAAGCAAGAGUCUGAGCAUAAUUUCAGGGAGUUAUUUAGCUCCAAAGCUAAUCUAAGAGCACGGUUGCUAACAGGUGUAGCUUUAGUAUUCCUGCAGCAGGCCACGGGACAGCCUAACAUCCUUUCCUAUGCCUCUCCACUACUGCGCAGCAUGGGCUUCACCAGUGACGACGCUGCCACUCUGGCCUCCACAGGCUUUGGAGUGGUCAAAGUGUUGGGGACCAUCCCAGCCGUGCUACUGGUGGACCGCGUGGGGCCCAAGAGCUUCCUGUGUGUGGGUGCUGUGGUCAUGGGGCUGUCUCUGGCCACUCUGGGGACAUUAACACUGCAGAGCCGAACCCACCUCACCAGCCUGUGUAAGAGCCACACACUGGACAACAAUACACUCCAAGCAUGGGACCUAAACUGGACCGCCACACAAACAGACAAUCAAACCUUUUAUAUGGAAACCUCUCCAAGCCCAUGGGACACAGAGGACGUUCAGAGGACUCUCACACACAACAGUGCACUGGAUGAACGGACUCCCAGCCUGUCGUCCCCUCUCAAAUGGGCCUCACUCAUCACAUUACUGGUCUAUGUGACAGGUUUCUCCUUCAGCCUUGGACCAAUGGCGUAUGUGGUGGUUAGCGAGAUCUUUCCAAUGGGAGUCCGGGGCAGGGCUGCAUCUGUGGUGGGGGCAGUGAACUGGGCAACCAACCUGCUCAUCUCCAUGACCUUUCUGACUGUAACAGAAAGGGUGGGGCUUCCCAGUAUGCUGUUCCUAUAUGCGGGCAUGUGCUUUGUUUUGUUGGUGUUUGUCAUUCUCUGCAUCCCAGAGACCAAAGGGCGCACUCUAGAGGAAAUCUCGAAGGAUCUGGCUAAAAAAAACCACUUUGAGAUGUCAUGGUGCACAAAGAGACAGGCUCAGGAAGGUCUGAUGAGCGGUGCUGCUCAGGGAUGUUUGAGUUGAGAUCACAGUGACGAGCUUCAUGAUAAUGUGAAGUAAAUGUUCAGGGUCCACUUUGACUUGUGCUGAAGCUGUUGUCCUCUGUUUUGGCUUUUAGUCAUUUAAGUGUUUCUUGGAGACUGACAAUGGUUACAGGCACAAGUCUGUAGUUGUAGCUCAUUAAAAUGACACCUAAACAGCAACGUCAGAUGUGAGUAAUUGGAUUUCCUUCGAAUCAUGGCCCCUCAUCUUAAUCUAAUGAGAUUUUGCUGUUUACAUGUCAUUUUAAUAAUAUGACACUAGAAAACUGAUAAUCAGAUGCUUGUGUGCAUGUAAACAUAGCCACUGCUCACUUAUUAAAAGGGAAACCACCUCGGCUGCAGAAUGAACAUGAACACAUGGACAGUUUUCUACAUACAUUGUAUUAAAUAACUAAUUUGGUUCAUUUUCAUAUGAUCAUUUCCUUGUAGCAUUCCAUGGCAUAUGCCAUUUCCAUAGCAGUGCUAUUUUAAUGCAUUUUCAGUAUUUCAAGUAUGAAAAGACAAAUAUUUCAUAUACAUGGUAACAGAUUUUAUUUGAGUUUUAUAUAAA